AUGUCAUUUCAAACCAACCAUUAUACGUUACAAUUCGCAAUUGUAUUUGCUAUGUUUCUAUUAUGGCUCAUGACAUUGAUACCAAUUCGUAUCGCACAAUCAAGAAUGCUUGGUGGCUUAGAUAAUAGGAAUCCAAGAGAACAAUAUCAAGAAUUGCCAGAAUGGGGUCAACGAGCAAUAGGCGUGAAUAACAAUACUUUUGAGGCUUUCUGUUUCCUCUCGGUGGCUGUGUUUACACAAGCAUUUUCCGAGCUAUUGGGAAAUCCACAAACGGAGAACGUAGUGCGUGCUGUUGAUGCAUUUUGUAUCAUAUUUCUUGUUUUGAGAUUG